AUCGGGACAUGUGCGAAACUAAGGUGACAGGACGGAUGGUAGGCGUACGUAAGUAAGGACAGACGUAUACACAGACGUCCGAUGUCGAUGGUGGCAAACUCGCGGAGGCACGGAGGAAGAUGAGGUCGGAGGUAACCCGACACCUGGCCGCACCGAAGUGGUCCCAUAAAAAGGCGUACAGCAGUAAAAUAAGACCAUGGGAACGGCUUCAAUCGAUCUACGAACAGUGGAUACCAGUGAAAGGCAAGUCCUGUUGGGUGGAAGUUCUCAUGUCACGGGAUCCUCAAGCAAAACGCCACCAACGGACGAAUCAAAAGUCGGAAAAUUCGAAGAUCGUCUUCGGAGUGCGAUGCGACAGACCUCGGCCAAAGGUCAUGAGACAAGUGGUAUACGAUUUCAAGAGGAAAGUCAGGGAUUGAGAUUUCCGUAUCAGAAAGGGAAGAGGAACGAGAAGAAAUCAGCGGGUUGCAAACGCAGGGUCACAUUUGCGAUUUGAAGCUUAAUUAAUCAGUUAUUUAACUAGGCAGGGAUCAGA